CUCGGUGUCUCAGCUCAGCUCAACUCUGCAAACUGGCAAUGGGUGUCCCCAGAACCAUCGUGCUCUUCCUCUUUGGGGCUGUGUUCUGCCUGACAGAGUCCCAAGCCCAGCAAUGCUACAGCUUUCAACACAUCUACUUCGGGCCCUUUGACCUCAGUGCCGUGAAAUUCCACAACAUCUCCUGUCCCCACGGGUGCUCUGAGGCAGUCUUGUCCCUGGACACUGGGUACCGCGCCACGGUGACCGUGGUACAGAAGGGCUGCUGGACAGGCCCGCCUACGGGCCAGAUGCUGUCCGACGGCCGCGCGCUGCCGCCCGACUACUCGGUGGUGCGCGGCUGCACGACCGACUUGUGCAACGCCGACCUCAUGACCCACGACGCCAUCCCCAAUCUGAGCCCGGCGCCCAACCCGCCGACCCUCAGCGGCAUGGAGUGCUACGCCUGCCUGGGGAUCCACCCGGAGGACUGCACCCCGGAGAAAUCCCGACGGGUCCAGUGUCACCAGGACCAAAGCGUCUGCUUCCAGGGCAAUGGCCAAAUGACCGUCGGCAAUUUCUCAGUCCCAGUAUACAUCAGGACCUGCCACCGGCCGUCCUGCACCAUCAAGGGCACCUCCAGUCCCUGGACAAACAUUGACCUUCAGGGCUCCUGCUGUGAGGGGCAACUCUGCAACAGGGACUCCGUGACCCAGUCCUUCACCACCGCCUCGGCUGCUGCCACCCCUUCCCAGGCGCCCCACGGCAUGGCCCUGCUCCUCAUGGUCCCCCUGCUGGCUGGCACUCUUGGAGGCCCCCUCCUGCCCUCCUCCUAGAAGGCCCUCCAGCCUCUUCAUGAGCAGGAUGCUGGGGGCAGGCACGGACCCACUACUCCCAGCUUCACACAACUUCAGCCUCUGUAAUGUGGCUCACUGGGAAAUGAUGUCAAACAAC